AUGUCGCUCAAUCGGCCAGAGGAGGCCGGCUUCAUAUCAAGAAAAGCCUUCGAUGAAGCCUGUCAGGCGUUGGCGCUUUGUUCAGGUUUAUCGUCCAGCGAUAUGAGCUUGGAGACUCGUAGACAUGGAGAACACCAAUACCUCAAGAUAAUACGUCUUCUAAGCACCAAUGUUAACCCACCAGCACCAUCAGAUUCGGCCAAGCUCUUCUCCGCUGCGCAAGAUUCUCAUGAAUCUAGCAAUAUCGAGGAAGAAGACGAGGACGUCGCCAUCUACCAUUCUCCCCCGUCGCUCACAGUCUCAUCAGUAGAGUAUCACAUUCUACCGUCAACAAGCUACCGGGUCCCCGUCCUCUACUUCUUUCUCCACAAUCUGUCACCUUCGAUAUUACAGAGUAUAGAUUUUGUUUACGAAAAGCUAGUACCAAAGCACCUUCAAUCCGGAGUGAGAAAUGCGGGUGUUAUGGGGGGUAUUAGUAUGACUAAUCACCCAUUAACAGACAUUCCAUGCUUUUGGGUGCACCCCUGCAACUCGGCCGAAGCUAUGCAAAAUAUCUUGGGUGGUAUCAAGGGAGAAGUCAGUCCUGUAAAGUAUAUGAUAUUGUGGAUCGGGAUAGUGGGUAGUGUUGUCGGCCUGAGCUUGCCUAAGGAGAUAUUUUCCGCCAGACCGUAA